ACGCAUACAUGCGAGAUUAGUAGUUGGAAGGAUAGCGACUGUGGCCAUUUUAAGUCUCCCGAGUCAGCUCCCCGCACCGAUCCGAGUCUAUUUUUCUCUAUCGUUGAAAGAGAGGGGAAAUCUCGCACGAAGGUUAGGGUUCCGGGGAGCUCGGAGCUGGUGGGCAUGGCGAUGAGGGCGUUCUACAACGAGAUCAAGGGCAUGAAGGUGAGGGAGCUUCCGGGAUACCUGAAGCCGAAACUCACGUGGGAGCACAUCAAGAAGACGACCGAUCAGGCGGUGGACCGCUACAUCGAGAAGUACAUCGAGACCAGCUCCGUGGAGCCCCUCUUUCACGUUUGCAUCGGUGGCAUGAUCUUCUCCUACCUGGUCGCCCUCCCCGAGGAGCGCCGCCACCUCGAACACCAGCAGAAGCACGCCGGCGGCGGCCAUUGAUUCCGAUCCUCCCAGGGUUGGAGAGCUUGUCUGUGGUUGGUUCGUGAUCGAUACUUGGUGUUCUUUUUCCUUCCCAAGACAGUCAUAGAAACUAUGUUUUUUAUUCCCUGUGCUUUAUUUCCUUGGGUUGCAUAAAUAAAUUGAGUUUGCCAUGGAUUGUGACUGUGUCUAAUUGAUCACCCCAUAAAAUGUCCAAUGCAAACAGUCUAGAUUAACCAUUUGCGUGGCAACUCACUGCGCCACUAUCAACACCCAUUCUGAAUUUCUGAUUCGUCGCUUGCUGUAAUAAAAUAUCUACU